UUUUACUGCUUAUCGGUGGAUUCGCGGAUUUUCCGCCGUCCCAAUCCAACCCCGCGCCAUGAACAUUGUUCAAAUCCAACCGUCCAUUUUGCCAGGUGGCAAUCAUCCGAAUUAUCCCGCGGGGCGCUUCUUUCUCCCUUUCCCCUCUGAUUCCAUUCGUCUACCCUCCCAUAUUUCUCCCUCUCUCUUCAGAGCCAAAAAUAAACAAAAGGGAUUAUUUUUUUUCCUUUUUAUUUAACUAAGCAGGUUUCGUGAGAUGAUGUUUUCAAAUUAUUUUUUCUUCAUCUGAUCCUCUAGCGGCGGUUGAAUUGAAGUUGGAGAGAUGCUCAGUUUGAUAAUCAAUAGCAAUUGAGCAGGACCCCACAGAACAACAAGAAAUCAAAUUACUAGAAUUCUGAGGGACUUACCUGUGAAAUGAGCACCACGCCGGAGAUCUGCGCCACCCUUCAUAAACCCAAUACACCGCUACAGCCGCCGCCAUUAUCGGAGCUAAAACCAACUGUCAACGAUUACCAUUUUCACCCAACGAUCAAUCUAAAUUCAGAAACAGAGAGCGGUGCUAAUAAGAAGGAUAAAGAUUUCGAGAAACCUACCAGCAAAAUGAACACCACGCCGGAGAUGCGUGCCUCCGAUCAUGAAUUCAACGAACCACCGCCGCCGCCGCCGCCGCCAUCUCCGGAGCUCAAACCAACCACAGCGAAUGGAGAAGACCGCCAUGUUUACUCAACGAACAAUCCAACUUCAUAUCAAGAAAGCGAAAAUGCAAAGGACGACGAAUCGUCCUCAUGCUCCCCAUCCUACUCGAGCUCCGAUUCCGGUUCCGAUUCCGAUUUCUUCCAGAUCAAUCCACCCGAGCUCACCUACCCACCGCCAUCAUCCACUACACCAGUCAAUCAAAACACAAACAACAUCGAAAAAAUCCCUAACCCUAACAGAGAGAAAUCUCCCGCAUCAGGAAUCGAGAGGCGAUCUCCGGUGAUUCAAACAAUGGCAAGAGAUCCGAACCGAAUCCCUUCAUCUAUAUUCGCGCGGGGGCCGAUGACUCCGAUGGAAUGGAGCGUAGCAUCGAAUGAGUCGCUGUUCAGCAUCCACAUGGGGAACACAAGUUUCUCGAGGGAUCAAAUGUUUUUGAAUGAUAGAUCGGGAGAGUUGAGGGGAUUUGCGGGUGGGAUGAAUGAGUAUCCGUCGGCGUGGAUUCCGCCUGAUUUGAGGGCGGGAGGGGUGGGAAGAAGAGAGACGGGGGAUUUGGUAGUGGAAAUAGAUGAGGCAGCGGCGGCGAGCGCGAAUGCGGAGGCGAUGAAGGAGGUGAUGAGGGCGGCGGCGGAGGGUAAGGAGAGUGAGAAGAAGGUGAUGUUGGGACGAAGCCUUUCCAGACAUUCGGAUGGGAGCACCACCAGCUUCGCUUUCCCAAUAUUGACAGGCGAUGGGAGAAUUGGAUCAAUCAAAGUUAAUUUUGAUCAUCAUAAAGAUCAUCAAACGAAUCCACAAAUCAGGCCGUCCAAAAUGUUGUCAGAUAAGGUACCAACGGCUAGGAUGCGCUCUCAUCACGGAGCCCAUAGUCAAGCCCGAGCUCCCGUUCAGAGCAGGUGGUUUCCAUGUUUCUCCAGUUGUAAAUUUCGCUGUUGCUGGGACUACUAAAAUACAAGUAAUUUUUCAUUCUAAUAAUAAUAAAUCAGCAAUUUUAAAAUAUUAUUCUUUUUUCUAAUU